AAGCCCUCAGAGUCCUGGGAGCGGACACACUAUGGCGCACGUCCGAGGCCUGUGGCUGCCGGGCUGCCUGGCCCUGGCUGCCCUGUGUAGCCUCGUGCACGGCCAGCAUGUGUUCCUGGCCCCCCAGCACGCGCUGUCGCUGCUCCAGCGGGUCCGCCGCGCCAACAGCGGCUUCUUGGAGGAGCUGCGGAAGGGCAGCCUGGAGCGCGAGUGUGUGGAGGAGCAGUGCAGCCGCGAGGAGGCCUUCGAGGCCCUGGAGUCGCCCAGUGCCACGGAUGUGUUCUGGGCCAAGUACACAGCUUGUGAGUCGGUGAGGAAACCUCGAGAAAAGCUCAUGGAAUGUCUGGAAGGCAACUGUGCUGAAGGCCUGGGUAUGAACUACCGAGGGACCGUGAGCGUCACCCGGUCAGGCAUCGAAUGCCAGCUCUGGAGGAGUCGCUACCCACAUAAGCCGGAAAUCAACUCCACCACCCACCCUGGGGCCGACCUGCAGGAGAAUUUCUGCCGCAACCCAGAUGGCAGCCUCAGAGGGCCCUGGUGCUACACCACGUCUCCCACGGUGAAGAGAGAGGAGUGCAGCAUCCCCGUCUGUGGCCAGAAGCGAGUCACUGUGGAAUUGAUCCCACGCACGGUCUCCGGAGUGAAUCUGUCACCUCCAUCAGAGAUGUGCAUCCCUGAGCGUGGCCAGCAGUACCAGGGGCACCUGGCGGUGACCACACAUGGGUCCCCCUGCCUUGCCUGGGCCAGCGAGCAGGCCAAGGCCCUGAGCAAGGACCAGGACUUCAACCCGGCCGUCCCGCUGGUGGAGAACUUCUGCCGCAACCCAGACGGGGACGAGGAGGGCGCGUGGUGCUACGUGGCCGGGGAGCCUGGCGACUUCGAGUACUGCGACCUGGACUAUUGCGGGGAGCUGGUGGACGAGGAGGUGGGAGACGUGCUGGACGAGGACCCGGACGCGGCCAUCGAGGGACGCACCACGGCGGACGAUUUCCAGCCGUUCUUUAACCCGAAGACCUUCGGCGCCGGGGAGGCGGACUGCGGCCUUCGGCCUUUGUUCGAGAAGAAGUCGGUGCAGGACCAAACGGAACAGGAGCUUUUCGAGUCCUACAUCGAGGGGCGCAUCGUGCACGGCCGGGAUGCGGAGGUUGGCCUGGCGCCCUGGCAGGUGAUGCUUUUCCGGAAGAGCCCGCAGGAGCUGCUGUGCGGGGCCAGCCUCAUCAGUGACCGCUGGGUCCUCACUGCUGCACACUGCCUUCUGUACCCACCUUGGGACAAGAACUACACUGAGAACGACCUCCUGGUGCGCAUUGGCAAGCACUCUCGCACCAGGUAUGAGCGAAAGAUUGAAAAGAUCUCCAUGCUGGAAAAGAUUCACAUCCACCCCAGGUACAACUGGAGGGAGAACCUGGACCGGGACAUCGCCCUGCUGAAGCUCAAGAAGCCCAUCAACUUCACCGAAUACGUGCACCCCGUGUGCCUGCCCGACAAGGACACAGCAACCAAGUUGUUCCGGGCUGGACACAAAGGGCGCGUGACCGGCUGGGGCAACCUGAGGGAGACGUGGACAGCCAGCGUCGCCGAGGUCCUGCCUGGCGUGCUGCAGGUGGUGCACCUGCCCAUCGUGGAGCGGCCGGUCUGCAAGGCCUCCACGAGGAUCCGCAUCACUGACAACAUGUUCUGUGCUGGUUACAAGCCUGAUGAAGGGAAACGAGGGGAUGCUUGCGAAGGCGACAGUGGGGGACCGUUUGUCAUGAAGAGCCCUUUUAACAACCGCUGGUAUCAGAUGGGUGUCGUCUCAUGGGGUGAAGGCUGUGACAGGGAUGGAAAAUAUGGCUUCUACACACAUGUGUUCCGUCUGAAGAAGUGGAUACAGAAGGUCACUGAACGGUUUGGAAGUUAGGGGGCCACCCACAUUCUAGGCGUCUCACUGCGAAAUUACAGAAGCCAAUCCAGUGAAAGAAUUAUUUUUGUGGUUUGUUCCUGAAACUGUAUUUCUCAAUAAAAAUUUCUCAGUGAGC